GGAGGAGGAGCUUUUCCGAACUCGUCUCUUUACGUCGGUGAUUUAGAGGCAUCAAUAGACGAGAGAAAAUUGUAUGAUCUGUUUAAUCGAGUGGCUCCUGUGGUGUCGAUUAGGGUUUGUAGAGAUCAAAUUGACAACUCCUCGCUUGGCUAUGGUUAUGUUAACUUUAACACUCAAAUAGAUGCAAGUCUUGCGAGAGACGCUUUAAAUUUCAAGGUUGUGAAUGGAAAGCCUAUUAGAAUCAUGUUUUCUCAAAGAGAUCCUACUCUAAGAAAAAAUGGAUUUGCAAAUUUGUAUAUCAAAAACUUGGAUUCGUCGAUAGAUACUAAGGCACUUCAUGAAACUUUCUCUACAUUUGGAAAUAUACUUUCUUGCAAAGUAGAACUUGACUCCGAUGGAAGAUCCAAAGGAUAUGGAUUUGUUCAAUUUGAUAAAGAGGAAUCUGCAGAAAAUGCAAUUAAAAGAUUGAAUGGCAUGCUGAUAAAUGAUAAGCAAGUGUAUGUUGGAAAGUUUAUUCGUCGCCAGGAAAGGAAUAAGGAGAAAGGAUUACCCAAAUUUACUAAUGUUUAUGUAAAGAAUUUUUCUGAAAAGACAACUGAUGAGGAACUUAAGAAAAUGUUUGAGAGGUUUGGCCCAAUCACUAGUGCAAUUGUUAUGAAAGAUGCCAAUGGAAAAUCCAGAUCGUUCGGAUUUGUGAAUUAUGAAAACAAUAACGAUGCAGCAGCUGCAGUUGAGUACUUCAAUGGGACUUCCUUAGACGACAAGACAUUAUAUGUUGGAAGGGCCGAGAAAAAAGCUGAGAGGAGAGCAAAGUUGAAAGCUAAAUUCGAACAGGAGAGGAUUAGUAGAUUUGAGAAAUUGAAAGGUGCAAAUUUGUAUUUAAAAAAUCUUGAUGAGAGUGUAACCGACGAAAAGUUGAAGGUGCUUUUUUCAGAGUUUGGAACCAUUACAUCAUGCAAGAUUAUGUGUGAUGCUAAUGGAGUAAGCAAAGGUGCUGGUUUUGUGGCAUUCUCUAAUUCCGAAGAAGCUACAAAAGCCCUGAAUUUAAUGAAUGGGAGGAUGAUAGCAGGAAAACCUUUAUACGUAGCUGUAGCUCAGCGCAAAGAAGAAAGAAAGGCUUGGCUUCAGGCACAUUUUGCUCGAUUGCGAACCUCCGGGACAAUAUCACCAUUGCCGGGAAUUCCUGCGCACCAAACGGGUUCGCUUCAGUUUAGACAUCAACCACUUUACAUAGGACAGGUUAAUCCUGCAUUUGGAUUCCAUCAACAGCAACUAUUAGCCGGAUUGCCGCCUACUAUGUCGUCAAAUUUUGUACCAUUCCAUCUUCAACGACAAAAUCAACCCGUAGGACAACAACGCUCCGGCCCAAGAAGAUGCGGCAAUUCUCAACAACAGCAACAUCUGCACAACUCGAAUCAAGGUUCCAAUCGACAUACAACAAAUCAAUGCAAUGGAGUUAAUCAUUCAUUACCUGCCCAGACUCUAAUGGGAUCAGUCGUGCCUAUGCGUCUCAAUGCAUCGGCUGCCAUGGAAAUUCCGAUCCCGGUGCCUAUAUCGAGAUCUACACUUGCUUCGGCUUUGGCCUCGGCUUCUCCUGAGAACCAGUGCAUGAUGCUCGGCGAACACCUCUACCCGCUCGUCGAACGCCUCAAGCCCAAUCAUGCGAGGAAAGUAACUGGCAUGUUGUUGGAGAUGGACCAAACUGAAGUGCUUCACCUCAUUGAAUCUCCUGAUGCUUUGAAGAAGAAAGUUGCGGAUGCUAUGGAAGUGCUUCGAUUGGCAGCAACAGUACCAAACACGGGGAAUCAGUCUUUGCUGUAA